AUGCCGUCACUUUCGAAACAAGACGCCAUUGUCAUCGUCGGUGCCGGCGUCUUCGGUCUCUCGACUGCCCUUAGUCUGGCGGAGAGAGGUUUCAGCAAUGUCACGGUUCUCGAUCGCAUGGCACCGCCCGUACCAGACGGAAGCAGCUGCGACAUAUCGCGAAUCGUGCGUAGCGACUAUUCCGACCCAUUCUACGCGCGCCUGGCCAAAGAGGCGCUGCAGGCCUGGCGGACGGGACCCUUUGCGAGUUUCUACCACAACUCCGGCUUCGUAUUGACCUCCGAAUCUCGCCCAGACGCGUUUCUGGAAAAGCUAAAGGGAGUCCUCAAAGGACAAGACAUUCCCUAUGAAAGCUUUGACAGCACCAAUGAGCUGAAGCGGAAGUUUCCAUCAUUGAACGAGAUUCAGACAGAAUUUGGCGGUUAUCUGAAUCCUAAUGCAGGCUGGGCCGAUGCGGCGGCCUCCAUCAGCCUCUUGGCCACACUGUGCACCGAGAAGGGAGUCUCCAUCAUCACUGGACCAAGAGGGACAGUUACCUCAAUGAGAAUCGCGGGCUCUCGGGUUGAGGGCGUCAAUGUCGCUCUGGGUCUUCCUGUUCUGGGAUCGAGGGUCAUUCUCGCCACUGGUGCAUGGACGAAUAGCUUCUUAGACUUGACAUAUGCCAUGUCGUCCUCUGGGCAGCCGGUCGGUUUCAUUCAACUUACAUCAGAGGAAGCGUACAGCAUCUCCCGGAUGCCGACCCUCAUCAACAUGACAUCGGGAUUCUUCGUCUUUCCCCCUACCCCCGGCACGAACAUCCUGAAGGUGGCCUGCCACAGCCACGGCUUCGAGAACAGGGUGCCCAUCGAGGACGGCGGCCGGACGAUAUCUGCCCCCAGACGAGACUCGAAUAAUGCAACGUCGUUCUUCAUCCCAGACUCCGCAGACGCGGCGCUACGACACGGCCUGAAACAGAUACUGCCGAGAUUUGCCGACCGGCCGUGGAUGAGACGUCGACUUUGCUGGUACACCGAUACCCCUGAAGGUAACUUUGUCGUGGAUUACCAUCCGUCCAUUCAAGGACUAUUCUUUGCAACAGGAGGGGCAGGACACGGCUUCAAGUUUCUUCCGGUCCUUGGAAACUACAUCGCGGACUGUUUCGAAGGCAAGGCGCCAGCGGAAGUCCGGGAGAAGUGGAGGUUGAGGAAUGAUCCCGGUGUCAGGCUUCCUUUCGUGUGCAAUGAUGGAAGCCGUCGAGGGCCGCCCCGCAGAGUCCUCUCGAGGUCUGAGCAGGCACGACUUUGA